UAUCACAAUAAAUUAUUAGCACUGAAACGAUGAAGAUUAUGCUGCAUCUUCUACUGCUUUCUUGCUUGUUUUCUUCUUCACCUUUGGUUUCUGGGGUGGGGAAUUUUACCAGAGAUGACUUCCCCUCUGGUUUCAUUUUUGGGUCCGGAACUUCUGCUUAUCAAGUUGAAGGAGCAGCUUUGGAAGAUGGAAGGACUCCUAGCAUUUGGGAUACUUACGCUUAUGAAGGUAUGUAUGGUGGAGGCAAUGGAGAUGUAGCCUGUGAUCAGUACCACAAAUACAAGGAAGAUGUCCGUUUAAUGUCUGAAACAAACCUGGAAGCCUACAGAUUCUCCAUUUCAUGGUCAAGACUUAUUCCUAAUGGCAGAGGACCUGUCAAUGAGAAGGGCUUGCAGUACUACAACAAUCUCAUCGACGAACUUAUCAGCCAUGGAAUCGAGCCACAUGUUACACUGAGUCACAGUGAUCUACCACAGGCACUUGAAGAUGAAUAUGCAGGAUGGCUUAACAGAAAGAUUGUGGAGGACUUCACUGCAUAUGCAGAUGUAUGCUUCAAGGCGUUUGGCGACAGAGUUCUGCACUGGACAACCUUAAACGAACCGAAUGUAUUUAUCAUAGGAGGUUACGACGAAGGAUUCUUACCCCCACGGCAUUGCAGCAUACCUUUUAUCUGUCGCCCCGGGAACUCAUCAACAGAACCAUACAUUGCUGGUCAUAACAUGUUACUUGCACACGCGUCUGCAGUGAGCCUUUACAGAACAAAAUACAAGCCCACCCAACAUGGUACCAUAGGAUUUAAUACCUACACUUUUGGGCUUUCUCCUUUUUCGAAUUCAGAAGAGGAUCUUGCUGCAGUUCAACGUCUGUUAACCUUCUAUGUCGGAUGGCUUAUUGAUCCGUUGAUAUUUGGAGAUUACCCCGACAUCAUGAAAAACAUUGUUGGCACGCGGCUACCAGCCUUCACCGAGGAUGAAGCUAACCUAGUUAAGGGUUCAGCAGACUUCAUUGGCAUCAACCACUAUACUACAAUUAUUGUCAAAAACAAAGACAACAAUUCUAAAAGCCCAUUCAUGAGCUUCUCAAAUGACAUUGGAGUAACUGUUUUUUUUCCUGAUAGUGCACCUAAAGGCCAGUUUCCAGUAAUGCCAGAAGGUCUUUACAAGAUUUUAGAGCAUUUUAAGCAGUUCUAUGGCAACCCGCCUAUAUAUAUUCAUGAAAACGGCCAGCAGAUGCCACGCAAUGGGACGUUGAACGACACACCAAGAGUCGAGUAUUUUGAAGCCUUCAUCGGGACUGUUCUCGAUUCUAUAAGAAAUGGAUCAAACAUUAUUGGGUACUUUGCAUGGUCACUCUUGGAUGGUUUGGAGUUACUGAGUGGCUACAAGGGCGGGUUCGGUCUGUACUAUGUAGAUUUGGAUGACAAGGAACGGUCGAGAUAUCCCAAGUACUCUCAGCAGUGGUAUGCCAAGUUCUUGCAGAAAAGCAGCUCCAAAGAUCGAGCUGUUAUUUAAGCUGAAAAAUGUCUGAAAUCUCAGAUUCUGAAUAAGUUUAAUGAGCUCUAACGUUGUCUACAUAUGUUGGAUGACAUUUUGGAUCAAAACAUUAGUCUAUUAUAUUACUACUCAGAUUCAUGUACUUUUCCUAUUGAGAUUUGAGAUGGGAAUGGGAAUAAGAUUUGAUAAUAUAUAUGAGUUUAUAUA